AUGGGUUUCAAGCCAUCAGACCUCUGGCGGACGCCAGAAGUCAACCCUGUCAACAAGAAAGCACGCAGCGUGCCCAUUCUGAACCCGAUCGAUAGGCAUGGCAGGGUUUUCUUCUUUUCGUGGAUGGGCUUUAUGUUGGCCUUCUGGGCUUGGUACACAUUUCCUCCUUUGUUGAGUGUCACCAUCAAGAAGGAUCUCAACCUCACAUCAGAGGAAGUAGCCAAUUCCAACAUCGUCUCACUGGUGGCUACUCUCCUGGUCCGCUUCGCCGCCGGCCCACUAUGCGAUCUGCUAGGGUCGCGCAAGGUGUUCAGUUUGAUCCUGCUUGUCGGCAGCAUCCCCAUCGGACUCGCCCCCCUGAUCAAGGACGCGACAGGGUUGUACAUCAUCCGGUUCUUCAUCGGUAUUCUGGGCGGCUCAUUCGUGCCCUGCCAAGUCUGGUGCACGGGCUGGUUUGACAAGAAUGUUGUCGGCACGGCGAACGCGCUCUCAGGGGGUUGGGGUAACGCGGGAGGCGGCAUUACCUAUUUCAUCAUGCCCGCCGUGUACGACUCGCUUGUGCACAGGCACGGCCACACCUCCGGUGAGGCGUGGCGCAUCACAUUCAUCGUCCCGCUCGUCUGCCUGAUCACCUGCGGACUUGGCCUGCUGUUUCUCUGUGACGACACGCCUAUGGGCAAAUGGAGCGACCGCCACGAAAAUGUCCAGCAAAAUCUCGAGACCCAGGGCAUCUCCGGCAAAGUUGUCGCCAUCACUGGCAACAUCGCCGACCGCGAGCCGCCGUCCUCCUCCACCAGCCCUUCGCGCGCCCCGUCCGACAUUGAAAAGGCCGACCCCGAGAAGCCCAAGCUCACGGGCGACCUCACCGUAACCGAAGCGAUCGAAACGGCCCAGGGCGAGACAGUCGUCAAACCCACAUUCCGCGACUCACUGCCUGUGGUAUUCUCGCUGCACGCUUUGUUCCACACCGCCACCUACGCCUGCUCCUUCGGAGGCGAGCUGGCCGUCAACUCGAUCCUGGGCGCCUACUACCUCAAGAACUUCCCGCACCUGGGGCAGACCAACGCGAGCAACUACGCGGCGCUCUUUGGCUUCCUCAACUUUGUCACGCGGCCGUUGGGCGGCGUCGUCGGUGACAUGCUGUACAACUAUUUCGGGCGCAACCUGUGGCUCAAGAAGAUCUGGAUCCACGUGUGCGGUCUGCUGACGGGUGCGCUGUUGAUUCUCAUCGGCAUGCUCGACCCCCAUGAUCUUGGGACUAUGGUUGGGUUGAUCGUCCUCAUGGCUGUUUUCCACGAGGCCGGCAACGGCGCCAACUUUGCGCUCGUGCCCCACGUCUAUCCCCAUGCGAACGGUGUCCUGUCUGGGUUGACGGGUGCGGGUGGGAACCUUGGCGGUGUGGUGUUUGCGAUUAUCUUCCGGUAUAUGGACAACGGGACAAACUAUGCGAAGGGGUUCUGGGUCAUUGGCAUCAUGCAUAUCAUUUUGAAUCUGGCGGUUUGCUGGAUCCCCCCUAUUCCUAAGGGACAAAUUGGCGGGCGUUGA